AUGCUUUUAUGGAUUCCAAUUUCAAUUGCCUUCAAUUUUCAUAUUCCUAGAUGCGUAAAUCGGAAUCUAUUAUUUUUCUUAAUUCUCCCUUUAUCUUCCUUUUAUUCUUACUUCUUUCCUUCUUUCACACUUUCUUUUCUUUCUUUUUUUAACCUUUCUUUCUUUUUCUUCCUUUCUUUCUUUUUCUUUCGUUCUUUCUUUCUUUUUUCUGUCACUCUUUCUUUCUUUUUCUUUCACCAUUUCUUUAUUUUUCUUUCAAUCUUUCUUCUUUCUUUUUCAUUUUUCUUUCUUUCUUUUUCUUUUCUCUUUUUCUUUUCUUUCUUUUUUCUUUCUUUCCUUUCUUUUUUCUUUUUUUUUCUUUUUUUUUUCUUUUUUCUUUCUUUCAAAAAUUACUUUCUCUUUUCUUACUCUUUCUUUCUUUUUUUCUUUCACACUUUAUUUCUUUUUCUUUCUUUACAUCUGUACUCAUAUAAUUGUUUUUCUUGUCUUUUUCUUUCUUUCUUUCUUUUUGUUUACUUUCUUCCUUUUUCUUUUUCUUUCUUUUUUCUUUCUUUCUUUUUCUUUCUCUCUUUGGUUUUUCUUUCUUUCAUUCUUUCUUUAGUUUUUAUUUCUUUAAUUUUUUCUUUCUUUCUUUCUUUCUUUCUUUCUUUCUUCUCUGCAUACAUCAAUCAUUUGAUCUUUAUUUGCUAUCUAUCUAUCUAUCUAUCUAUCUAUCUAUCUAUCUAUCUAUCUAUCUAUCGCAGUCUUUUCAUAUCUAAGUCCGUUCGUAUCUAUCUAUAUCAAUCUGUUCACAACUAUCUAUCUCUCUAUCUAUCGCAGUUUUUCCAUAUCUAUCUGUCGCAGUCAUUUCAUCUAUCUAUCUAUCUAUCUAUCUAUCUAUCUAUCUAUCUAUCUAUCUAUCUAUCUAUCCCAGUAUCUAUCUAUCGCGGUUUUUUUUCAUAUCUAUCUAUCUAUCUAUCUAUCUAUCUAUCUAUCUAUCUAUCUAAUUUUUACAUAUCUAUCUAUCGCUCGCAUCUUUUUCUAUCUAUCUAUCUAUCUAUCUAUCUAUCUAUCUAUCUAUCUAUCUGUUGCAUUCUGUAA